AUGGAGACAAGAAAGAACACCACAGCAGGGGUUCUUUUCUGGACACCUGCCCCGGUUCGCACCUCACCCACCAGCUCUGUAAUAUCUGAGGAUGAGUGGGAGGAUGAGGUUGAAGAAGAGCCAGAUGACUUUGUCAGGCAGAUGGAUGAGAAUGGCAUCAUUGGACUGUCAGAAGCACUGGAGGAUGUGGAGUUGGAGGCAUCUUGUUGUGAUUCAGAUGCAGAAAGUAGUCCAAACUUGUACCCUGGAACCCUCACCCCAGAGGAGGCAGACCCUAGUGGGAGUGAGAGGGAUACAGCUGAGGAGCUGAGUUACAGCCGGAGUGAACAUCUGUCCCAUAACGAAUCACAAGAAGAGGAUGUGCAAAUACUAUCACCAGUCAAGGACGUGAUGGAUAGAGCAGAAGAGCAGGGGAUAGAGUCCGUUCCUAUGUGGGACAAAUACUUGGACGUCACAGAGGAGGAGGAAAAUGGACAAGAAGCGGGGACUAGGAGUGACAGGAAUAAAAAUAAAAAUAAAGACCCUAGCACAUUAAGAGAGCUGGAAAUGAUAAAUGGCUUGGCUGAGAGCUAUAUUUCCAAAGGAGAGAUUGAGGAGAUCAGCUCUACGCAAUCUUGUAGUGCUCACCUGUUAGCCAUGGGACCCGGUACAGUCUCCAAUCAUCACUGCCCAAUAGCCCAGCCUGCCUCACUUGUCACUGCCCCCACUUUCCCCCACCUUCCCCACUUCACUGCUGAGGAAUUGGCUGCUGCUCCAGGGAUUGACGCCGAAACCUUUCCAGAGAUAAGCUUCACAGAAAGUCCUCCAGAAUCGCACAGGAGCCACAUAAGCCUCAAGUCCAGUCCUCGUGCUGAGGUUAAGCUCAGGGCUUCUCUUCAGCCAGCAGCCAUGUUUUCUGAAGAAGGUGUGUCAAAUCGUUACAGUGGGGUAAAUAAUGGGCCUUUAAAGGCAUCAUAUAAGUCAGGUAAGACUCACAUACCCACUCCCUCACCAAGGAAGAUGAGGCAGCAUUCUCCUGAAGCUACAUAUUCUAGGAAUCGUUCCCUCAGCGUAGACAAGGCAGACUCCUUAAAACUCAAACAGUGGAAUGCAAGUCCAAGUCCUGCCAAAGAACAGAGGACACCAAGAGCCAGGAAUAAUGCUGCUGAAAUGGAUGAAUCAAGAAAAGGGCCUCUGAGUUACCGCACACCAGACUUCUCCAAGGUGGAGCCCAGGGUCCGUUUCCCCAAAGAUGGAUACAACCCACCAAAGAGCAGACGCUCUUCCAAAAGGAAGUCCCUAUCACCUGAGCCCCCCUUAGUGUUUAAAUCUCUUGCUGACUUCGUGAAAGAAGUCCUACUGAACACCACUGAUGGAUCUCCUACCUCAUCAGACUCGUACAAACCACCAACCAGUGCCCCAAACUCCACUGUGCCUCAGGAGUUCAGAUCCCGCCAGCAGGCCACCACACUGCUCGACCAACUAGAGGAGGACUACAACAGACUGCUGACUAAGUACGCCGAGGCGGAGAACACCAUUGAUCGCCUGCGCCUCCAAGCCAAGGUGAACCUGUACUCUGACCCUCCAAAGCCCGGCCACUUGGUCCAGUCAGGACUAAACAGGGACACUUCAAAGUACAUGAUGCUGGAUUUUCCUCAGGCUCAGAGAGCAGAGUUUAACUCCGCAUCUCUUCACCCAAACGGACACAGCCAUCAUCAGAGAAGUUCAUCUGCCUGUCCUUCCACAAGAAGCCCAGACUCUCAGGUGGGACAGCAGCUAGCCAAGAUUCUCUACAAUCAGGCCGACAAGUUCCUCCAGCAGCUGCAGACUUUUGAGGAUCUCCUAAAGAGCAAACAACUCAGGCCUUUUGACCAGAUGAAGGGUCUCUCACAGCUUGCUGAGGGCCUUAACUCUUUAGAAAGGGGCUAUCUGUUAGCGAGGGAUGAACACAAAGUCCUGCAGCAGCAUGGGGCACAAAUCAGCCCCUUUGACUCUGAACGGGAGCUGGAGGGGCUGAUCUUUCAGUGUGGGCUGCAAAUGGAUGAGCUGAAGGAGCAGGUGGAACAGAUGCAACAAGAACAGCCCACCUGUGUGGCUCCGCCCUCUCCACCUCCUCACCCCACCCCUUCAUCUGUCCCCUCUGAGGGAGGACAGACGCUGAUUCACCCGCAGAGCCCACCUGUGCCUCUGCUGGUUGAUCCAGGACAGGCGGCGGCAGUGGAGGUGAGCUCAGCCAGUGAAGAGAGUGAUGAAGAGGAGGAAGCUCUUAACUCCCUCUACUUUAAACCUACGAAUGGCAAACAAAGACAUGUUGAACAAGACUUUGGCACACUACUGGAUCACUACCAAAGCUUCAAGGAGCUUCCCAAACUUUUAGACAAUAGCCAGAGGCAAGGAGCUUACGUUUUUGAUGCCUUAAGAAGUGACAUGCAGCCUGCGGACGAGGAGAAAGAAAGACAGAGUCACAGAACUGGAGACCUGGAAGUCCAGAAAAGUGUUCCACAGAGGAUAGACGAAUCAGACCAUCUGGACUCACCUCCUGUUCGCUCCAUCAAACAGCAAACCAGCAGGUCCAGUUCUCCUUCACGCAGGACCUCCAGCCAGUCUACCACACCCACCGUUCAUCCUCUCAGUAGCAGAAGAAGGUUAGAGGUGGGGAAGUCCCACAGCAGCAGUUUGAGCAGUCUGGGAGAGAUUAAUGCAUUGGUGAAGAGAAACUCCAAACUCCAAAUUGGGACCAACAGAGUGCCUUCUCAGGAUGGGAUCAUCUCUCCGGAGACGGACAGUGGGUUUGUCUGUUCAGACAGUCCUCUCCACCAGAGGGCCUCAGUGAGUGUUUCAGUGCCUCAGGAGGGGAACCCGGGUAAUCCUCAUAUAGGCCCAGUCACAUGUCCCUCUCCUGCUUCGUCACCAUCAAACAGUCAUGCGGCUAUGGAGUCCAGAAGUGACUCUCGGUUCAGCCGUGACCAGCAGAAGAGUACCAGACAAGGGCAGAGGAGACGCACUUUCUCCUGUUCUCCACAGCGCUACGUCUGUCAGACAGAAAAAACCAGGGCCGACAGUGGGACCAGUGAGUUUGGGUUGGAAAGUGACGGAUCUCACACUGUGUCUGAAGACAGACAGAAUGAACAAUACAUAGAAUCUAUCAAUUCCCUCCACAACUCCAGCCCCAGCUCCUCCCCCGCUGCAAUGCAUCGCCAUGGCAAUUCUCUCAGAGCACUGAGCUCCAGUCAGGUGGCGAAUCGCAAUGAUGCAAUCCAGAAGCUGCAGGCCGAGGUGACCAGACUGAGGGAGAGACUCGAAAGCUGUGUGAGAAAUAGGACGCCUUUGAGCUCUGUGACCUCUACACCUCGCAUCAGUUCUGGACAGCAAAGGGGUGAUGACAGCAGGGGAGGAAGAAACAGACAAACGCUUGAUGAGAUUGAGGAGUCUACUCUGAGACGAACAACAAGGAAGAGACCACCUUCUGCACACAGACAAAGACUAAAAACACAAAUGGACAACUUGAAAGAUUCAGAGCCCUCUUCACCCAAGCUUCAGCCACUGGUGUCCAGGUGUACUCAAACAUCCACUGCAGCACCAGACAGCUGCUGUUCACACACGGAUACUGUCCGCUGCAGAAUACACCCCAGGCAGCAUCCUGGUGUGUCUGUACCAGUGUCUGUAACAGUAGAUGAACCAGACAGCAGAGGGCGCCGGGCUCCUCUUUGUCCUCAGUGUUUGUCACGUCACCAAGGGCGAUCUGAAAUUGGUGGCAACAGAGAGCCGGCCCACUUUUCUCGCAGUCAUGGCUGUCCUCUAUGUGGACGCCUAGAACCCUCCAUAAGCACUGAGCCAGACUGUCGCAGAGUUUCAGAGUCACCCACACACAUAAGCUGCCACCCAGUCGUGUCCCCGGAUAGAGCUGUGAGGAGCGGAUACUUUGCAGCUGCAGCUCCUCCUGCACUGUUGCAGUGCAUGCCUGUGUGUCCGCCACCUCUUCUGUUGUAUACAUCACCCCUCUACGUGUCUCCCAGCCACAGCAAAUCUUCAGGGGUCAGAGGUCGGAGGGAGAAGCCAAGACGCUUCCAGUCCUCUGACGAGCAGCACUCCGUGGACACCUCUCUGCACAGAGCCAUCAGAGCAGCUCGGCACAUGAAACAUACCUCUGGACACAUGGCUCGCUCUCUGGCUUCUGGACUGCAAUACCAGGAGAACCUGACUCAUUCCUGCAGCUACUAGUCUGUGCACUCACCUCACAAGGAACAUAGACUGAGCAACAGUAACCUGUCAACUUCACCAGGAGCUGAAGGGAGUGAGUGCAGGACCAGGUAAAAUCAAAAAUCAUUCUCUUUUUUUUUUUUUGCAACCUUUCUCUGGGUCUUCCGUUUUGAUACUGUAUUUUUUGAAAAGGUUCCCUAUAUGAACUCCAGAACAUUAAUAUGGCAGCAAAUUUCUUCCUUACGAAUGAAGUCACUGCUGAUAACGCUGUCCGGACCAAUGGCGUUGUUGCCAAAACGUAGCAUCCACCUUCCAUUCCCCUUCCCCCUGUUUAACACUGUCAGCACCGUUAGCUGCAAGACGGCGGCUCAAUCAUCCACUUGUAGAGAGACAACCCUCAUUCAAAAGCCAUGAUCUGAACUUCGUAUAGAGGUCUUUUUAAGUGUCAAGUGGCCCAACAUUAGUGUCUUUAGCUGUCAAAAUAAUCAU